AUGAUUGAAAGCUUCGUUGGUUGUCAGAGAAAACAUCCUGAGAAACCAACCUCGUUGAAGCAUCAUCCACCCUUGCUCGCCACCUGAUUCAAAAUUUCCUUUCCUGGCCUACAUAUCAGACGUGCCGGAAGUCAAUUUGAUUCACAAAGAUCGCCCAAGACAACAUCGCAACCAUGACAGCCCCUCGACAACACUCCGCCGGCUCCCUCACCAACCCGGCGUCUAGCAAAGAAGAAGUCGAAUCACCCAUCCGCUCGCCCUCACCAGAACCCGACCUCGACUCCGACAAGCUCAAAACCCGCGAUGCGACUCUCACCAAAACCAAAUCCCUCGAACAAUCCGUCUCCCUUCCCCGAGAAGUCCUCGUCGUCGGACUGAUCAGUCUCGCCCAGCUCACCACCCAAGCCGGACUCGGACAAGUGCUGUCCAUCCUUCACGUCAUCGGCGACCACUUCGGUGUCGAAGACCCGGGCGUACUAGCAUGGCUGAUUGCAGGCUAUUCCUUGACAGUCGGCACAUUUAUUCUCUUCUCCGGCCGCUUGGGGGAUCUCUUCGGAUGGAAGAAAAUGCUGGUGUUCGGCUACGUCUGGUUCGGGAUCUGGUCUCUUGUGGCAGGACUGGCGUGGUACUCGAACCAUGUGCUGUUUAUCUUCGCGAGAGUACUGGCGGGGAUUGGUCCUGCGAUAUGUAUGCCGAAUGGACUGGCGCUGCUGGGAGGAUUGUAUUCGAACGGACCACGGAAGAAUAUGGCGUUUGCGGUGUUUGGAGCUUGUGCGCCGGGAGGAGCGAUUCUGGGAUCGGCGUUCGCUGCGUUGUUCGCGUUGGCUUGGUGGCCUUGGGCAUUCUUCUCGUUCGCAAUCACCCUCUUCAUCAUCGCCAUCGUAGCUCAAUUCGCCAUCCCCGACCCACAAGACGAGAAACCCGGACUAAAAGGUCUCAACUUCAUGGAAAGUGUCUGGGAACUCGACCUCCUCGGCGCGGUCGUCGGCAUCACCGCUCUGGUCCUGGUCAAUUUCGCCUGGAAUCAAGCUCCACUAUCAGGCGUCGGAUGGAACAGUCCAUACAUCAUCGUGUGCCUCGUACUGGGACUGCUCAUGGUUCCAGCAUUCUUCUACAUUGAAAAGCGAGUCGCACGCAACCCACUCCUCCCACUGGAGGUCUUCACCAGCAGCAACGGCUUCGUCCUCGCAUGCGUCGCCUGCGGAUGGGCCAACUUCGGAAUCUGGGUGUUCUACCUCUGGCAGAUCUUGGAAGUGCUGCGCGGCGUGUCACCACUUCUCGGAUCAGCAUACCUCGCUCCAUUGACCAUAAGUGGAGCAGUGGCUGCAAUUACGACUGGCCUGGUGCUACAUCGAAUGCGACCUGCCUGGGCCAUGGUCAUCGCUCUCUGCGCUUUCAUGACCGGGAGCAUUCUCGUCGCCACUUUGCCGGUGAACCAAGUCUACUGGGCUCAAAUCUUCGUGUGCACGCUCAUCGCCCCCUUUGGAAUGGACAUGAGUUUUCCGUCUGCCACGCUGGUGAUUUCUGACUCCAUGCCGAAGAGGUAUCAAGGCGUGGCGGCGAGUCUGGUCAAUACAGUGGUCAAUUAUAGUAUUUCCUUGGGCCUGGGGUUCGCGGGCACGAUCGAGGUGCAUGUCAAUAAUGGAGGUAGGACGCCGGCGGAUGUUUUGCAUGGUUAUCGGAGUGCGCUGUACAUGGGUAUUGGUCUUUCGGGGCUGGGUAUAUUUUUUGCGUUGACGUUCCUGGCGAAGAGCUAUUGGGACGAUCGGAGGAGGGAGCGUGUGCCGGAUAAAGAGGCUUCGAUGGCGAUGCACGAUUGA